AUGCCUACUCUCGUCGUUCUUGGCGCUGGCCUGUCUGGCUUGCCAAUCGUGCACCACGCCCUGAAACACACUGCCCCUCUGGUCAAGGAUUUCAAGGUCAUUCUCGUGACUCCCAACUCCGAGCAGUUCUGGAACUUAGCAUCCGUUCGAGGUGUGGUACCAGGUCAACUGGGCGACGAUGCCCUCUUCCACCCCAUCGAGCCCGAGCUUGCCCAGUACCCCAAGGGUAGCUGGGAGUUCGUCCUCGGCAAGGCCGAGACCUUGGAUGAUGGCAAGAACACAAUCGUUGUCGCCGGCAAUGAUGGCUCCCGCCGCACCAUCGCCUACGACGCUGUCGUCAUCGCCACCGGUACCCGCGCCAAGGAGAACAUGCCGUGGAAGGAGGUCGGCACCACCCAGGAGACUAAGAAGGCAUUGCACGAUAUCCGCCAGCAGCUCACGGCCGCCAAGAGAAUCGUCAUUGCCGGAGGUGGCAUCACGGGCACCGAGACGACCGGCGAGAUUGCUUUCGAGUACGCACAGAAGGGCGACAAGGAGGUCUACUUCGUCUACAGCAGCGACCUCCCUCUCGGUGCUCCGCUGGUUGACAACGUCCGCAAGGCGGCGCUCAACGAGCUGACCAAGCUCAAGGUCAAAACAAUCCCCAAUACCAAGGUUACGGGUGUCCAAACGGAAGCCAACGGCAAAACGACGCUGGAGCUUACGGACAAAGACGGCAAGAAGACAACAAUGACGACGGAUGCGUACGUCCCAACCGUCGGUUCCAUCCCCAACACCAGCUUUCUCCCGGCGAGCAUGGUGGAUGCCAACGGAUAUGUCAACCAGGACGCCAGCCUGCGCGUACCGGGCCAUAACAACAUGUUUGUUGUUGGCGACGUUGGAAACCUUGAGGAUGCAUACGGACGCAUUGCGGAUCUGCAGGUACAGCACGUUGUCAAGAGCAUCCAGGCACACUUCACCGGCGCAGCGAAGCCUGCGGACUACGUCGUGGACCCCAAAGUCAUUGCCGGUAUUACCAUCGGCCGCAGCAGGGCGACAGGACAGAUGGGCACUUGGAAGCUGCCAAGUAUCAUGAUUUGGUUGUUCAAGGGCCGGUAUAUCGGCACUGAUUAUUCCAAGCAAAUUGCGCAGGGAAAGAGGACGCUCACGGUCAAGAAUUGGUGA